AUGAGUAAAUACAUGUAUAAAAUAGCUAAGAAAAUAUUUUCGCCCAUUCCAAAACGAAAUUUUUCUAUAAGUAAAUGUUUUCGCGAAGAACAGUGUGAUGUUCAAAUAGGUGAUCCGUUUUCUCUUAAACCUAUAGAAUAUGAGUGUCGCACACUUCGGAGACAUGAUAAUGUACGACGUCAAAAACUUUACGAGUUUGGUUUAUAUGUAGCAGCAUGUAUGCCGAAAUAUGUUCAAAAGAUCCAAAUGCAACAUACUGACGAAUUAGAAAUAUUAAUUGCUCCAGAAGGAUUUCACCCUGUUCUUUCAUUUAUGGCGCAUCAUCAACAUGCCUGUUUCAAUCAGUGUUCUCUAGCGACAGCCGCUGAUGUACCUAGUAGAGAAUACAGAUUUGAGGUUGUUUAUAAUCUUCUUAGUUUAAGAUAUGGUGAAAGGGCUCGUGUGAAGACAUACACUGACGAACUGACUCCUUUACAUUCAGCAGUAAGUCUUUGGGGGAAUUGCAACUGGCUUGAAAGAGAAAUCUAUGAUAUGUUUGGUAUUAUUUUUACUAAUCACCCUGAUUUGAGAAGGAUUCUAACUGAUUACGCUUUUCAAGGACAUCCACUUAGAAAGGACUUUCCUCUCGUGGGUUACACGGAAGUAAGAUACGACGAUGAGCUUAAGAAAAUAGUUUAUGAGCCAGUAGAAUACGCACAAGAAAUGCGUUCUUAUAAAUUGGAGUCACCUUGGAAUUAUUUAAGAAAUUUCCACGAGGGAUACAAUUCUCCUAAGCCUGAAAAAGAGAAAGGGAAAGAAAAUUAA